AUGGCUGCGGCGUGUGCGUCUGGCGCCGCUUCUCGGCCGGGAAUUUGGUCUACUUCUGCGAGAAGGAGAACGAGGAAGACGAGCCUGGCAUGGAGCCAUUCCCAUUCUCCGGUGAAGGACGGACCCGAGCAGCGCCGCGCCGCCGAACUCGAGAAGCGCAUUGCCGCCAUUCCCAUUGAACGUUACCGAAACUUCUGCAUCGUCGCCCACAUCGACCACGGCAAGAGCACGCUGUCGGACCGCCUCCUCGAACACACGGGCACCAUCUCGCCUAGCGAUGCCAACAAGCAGAUCCUCGCCGCCUGCUCGCUUCACCACGGAGAACAGGACAAGCUCGACGUCGAGCGCGAGCGCGGCAUCACGGUGAAGGCGCAGACCUGUACCAUGAUUUACCGCUCCCCCGACGACGGCCUCGACUACCUCCUCCACCUGGUCGAUACGCCCGGUCAUGUCGACUUCCGCGCCGAGGUGACGCGCUCCUACGCCUCGUGCGGCGGCGCCCUGCUGCUGGUGGACGCGUCGCAGGGCGUCCAGGCCCAGACGGUCGCCAAUUUCUACCUCGCCUUCGCCCAGGGCCUCGCCCUCGUCCCCGUCGUCAACAAGAUCGACCUGCCCACGGCCGACGUCCAGCGCGCCCUCGAGCAGCUCGAGAGCGUCUUCGAGCUGGACACGUCCAUCGCCGUCCGCGUGAGCGCCAAGACGGGCCAGGGCGUCGGCGAGAUCCUGCCCGCCGUGAUCCAGCACGUGCCCGCCCCCGUCGGCGACACGGCCAAGCCGUUGAGGAUGCUGCUGGUGGAUUCGUGGUACGACACCUUCAAGGGCGUCGUCUUGCUGGUCAGGCUGUUUGACGGCACGGUGAGGGCGGGAGACAAGCUCGUCAGCUUCGCCACGGGGAAUCAGUACGUCGUCGGCGAGGUCGGCAUCCAGUACCCGAAUCCGGUGCCCCAAAAGGUCCUGCGGGCCGGUCAGGUGGGGUACGUCUUCUUCAAUCCCGGCAUGAAGAGGAUCCAGGACGCCAAGAUUGGCGACACCUUUACGACGGUCGGUUGCGAGAACGCGGUCGAGCCGUACCCCGGCUUUGAGGAGCCGAAACCCAUGGUCUUCGUGGCCGCGUUCCCGACGGAUCAGGGGGACUACCAGAAGCUGGCGGAUAGCAUCGGACAGCUGGUGCUCAACGACCGCAGCGUCACGCUGCAGAAGGACUUUUCGGAGGCGCUGGGCGCCGGCUGGCGGUUGGGAUUCCUCGGCAGUCUGCAUUGUUCCGUCUUCCAGGACCGGCUGCGCCAGGAGCACGGCGCGGACAUCAUCAUCACGGAGCCGGCCGUCCCGGUCAAGAUCGUCUGGAGUACCGGCGGCCCGGAGACCAUCAUUACGAACCCGGCCGAGUUUCCGGAGAACGAGGACGUCCGGAUGCGCAAGGCCACCACCUACGAGCCCUACGUGCUCGCCACCAUCACGCUUCCCGACGAGUACGUCGGCCGCGUCAUCGAGAUCUGCGAGAACGCGCGCGGGAUUCAAAAGAGCCUCGAGUUCUUCAACGCCACGCAGGUCAUUCUCAAGUACGAGGUGCCCAUGGCCAGCCUGGUCGACGACUUGUUUGGCAAGCUCAAGGGCGCCACCAAGGGGUACGCCACCCUAGACUACGAGGAUGCCGGCUGGCGCGAGAGCCAGCUGGUCAAGAUGAACCUGCUCGUCAACAAGAAGCCCGUCGACGCCAUUGCGCGCGUUGUACAUGUCAGCCAGGUAGAGCGGCUGGGAAGGCAAUGGGUGACCAAGUUCAAAGAGCAUGUCGAGAGGCAGAUGUUUGAAAUCGUCAUCCAGGCCGCCGCUGGCAAGCGCAUUGUCGCGCGCGAGACCAUCAAGCCCUUCCGCAAGGAUGUCCUGGCCAAGCUGCACGCGAGCGACAUCACUCGCCGCAAGAAGCUGCUUGAAAAACAAAAAGCUGGACGCAAGCGCCUGAGAGCCGUCGGCAACGUCGUCAUUGACCAAUCGGCGUUCCAGAAGUUCCUCGCCAAGUGA